AUGUCUCGUUUGAAACAUUUUUUUCUGAUUUACGCCACCUUUUCUCGCUGUUUCUCUCUACUCCCCUCUAUUUCUUUGUCUCACUCUGUACUCCCCCUCUAUUUCUUUGUCUCACUCUGUACUCCCCCUCUAUUUCUUUGUCUCACUCUGUACUCCCCCUCUAUUUCUUUGUCUCACUCUGUACUCCCCCUCUAUUUCUUUAUCUCACUCUGUACUCCCCCUCUAUUUCUUUGUCUCACUCUGUACUCCCCCUCUAUUUCUUUGUCUCCUCUGUACUCCCCUCUAUUUCUUUGUCUCUCCUCUGUACUCCCCUCUAUUUCUUUGUCUCACACUGUACUCCCCCUCUAUUUCUUUGUCUCACUCUGUACUCCCCCUCUAUUUCUUUGUCUCACUCUCUACUCCCCUCUAUUGCUUUCUGUCUCUCUCUACACCCCUCACUUGCUUUCUGUCUCUCUCUCUCUCUCUGCUCCCCUCAAUUGCUUUCUGUCUCUCUCUCUCUCUCUGCUCCCCUCAAUUGCUGUCUCUCUCUCUCUCUCUGCUCCCCCAUUGCUUUCAUCCGUGUCUCCCCACUGCUCUCAUUGCUUUCAUCUGUCUCUCUCCACUGCUCUCCAUUGCUUCCCCAUCCGUCCUCCCACCGCCCCCAUUGCUUCCCCAUCCGUCCUCCCCACUGCCCCCAUUGCUUUCUAUCCGUCCUCCCCACUGCCCCCAUUGCUUCUCAUCUGUCUCUCCCCACCUCCCCAUUGCUUUCCCCCCAUCUGUCUCCCCACUGCCCUCCAUUGCUUUCCAUCCGUCUCUCCCCACUGCCCCCAUUGCUUUCCCAUCCGUCUCCCACCGCUCCCCAUUGCUUUCCAUCCGUCUCUCCCCACUGCCCCCAUUGCUUUCCCCAUCCUGUCUCCCCACUGCCCCCAUUGCUUUCAUCCGUCCUCUCUCCACCGCCCCCCAUUGCUUUCCAUCCGUCUCUCUCCACUGCUCCCAUUGCUUUCCUAUCAUCCGUCUCUCCACUGCCCUCAUUGCUUUCCAUCUGUCCCUCUCUCCCCCACUGCCCCCAUUGCUUCCAUCCUGUCUCUCUCCCCACCGCUCUCCAUUGCUUUCAUCCGUCUCUCUCCCACUGCUCCCCAUUGCUUUCCAUCUCUCUCUCCACUGCCUCCAUUGCUUUCUAUCUGUCUCUCCCCACUGCUCCCCAUUGCUUUCCAUCUGUCUCUCUCUCCCCACUGCCCCAUUGCUUCCCCAUCCGUCCUCUCCACCGCUCCCCAUUGCUUUCCAUCCGUCUCUCUCCCACUGCCCCAUUGCUUUCCAUCCGUCUCUCCCACCACUCCCCCUUGCUUCUCCAUCUGUCUCUCUCUCACUGCCCCCAUUGCUUUCAUCUGUCUCUCUCCCCACCGCUCCCCUGCUUUCCCAUCCGUCCUCUCUCUCCACUGCCUCCAUUGCUUUCUCCCCCGUCCUCUCUCUCCACUGAUCCCCCAUUGCUUUUCCAUCCGUCUCUCUCUCCCCACUGCCCCCAUUGCUCCCCCAUCUGUCUCCCCACCGCCCCCAUUGCUUUCAUCCGUCUCUCACUGCUCCCCAUUGCUUUCAUCCGUCCUCCCCACUGCCCCCCACUGCUUUCCAUCUGUCUCUCCCACUGCUCCCCAUUGCUUUCCAUCUGUCUCCCCACUGCCUCCAUUGCUUUCAUCUGUCCUCCCCACUGCUCCCCAUUGCUUUCCAUCCGUCCUCCCCACUGCCCCAUUGCUUUCCAUCCGUCUCUCCCCACCGCUCCCCAUUGCUUCCCCAUCUGUCCCCCACUGCCCCCAUUGCUUUCCAUCCGUCCUCCCCCACUGCUCUCAUUGCUUUCCAUCCGUCCUCUCCCACCGCCCCCUAUUUGCUUUCCAUCCGUCUCCUCCACUGCUCCCCAUUGCCCCCAUCUGUCUCCCUCCCCUGCUCCCCCAUUGCUUUCUAUCUGUCCCUCCCCACCGCCCCCCAUCCUUUCCAUCCUGUCCUCCCCACCGCUCCCCAUUGCUUUCCAUCCGUCCUCCCUCACCUGCUCCCCAUUGCUCCCCAUCUGUCUCUCCCCACCGCCCCCAUUGCUUUCCAUCCGUCCUCCCCACCGCUCCCCAUUGCUUUCCAUCCGUCCUCCUCCCCACCGCCCCCAUUGCUUCCCCAUCCGUCUCUCUCUCCCCACCGCCCCCAUUGCUUCCAUCCGUCCUCUCACCCCCCCGCUGCCCCCCAUCCGUCCCCAUCCGUCCCCACCGGCCCCCAUCCGUCUCCCCACCGCCCCCAUCCGUCCUCCCCACUGCCCCCAUCCGUCCUCUCUCCCCACCGCCCCCAUCCGUCCUCUCCCCCACCGCCCCCAUCCGUCUCCCCCCCACCGCCCCCAUCCGUCCCUCUCCCCACUGCCCCAUCUGUCUCCCCACUGCCCCCAUCCGUCCUCCCCACCGCCCCAUCCGUCCCCUCCCCCCACCGCCCCCAUGUCCCCCCACUGCUCCCCAUCCGUCCUCCCCCACUGCCCCAUCCGUCUCCCUCUCCCCCACUGCCCCCAUCCAUCCGUCCUCCCCCCACUGCCUCCAUCCGUCCUCCCCCACCGCUCGUCUCUCUCUCUCCCCACUGCUCUCUGCUUUCUAUCCUGUCUCUCUCCAUACUGCUCUCUAUUACUUUCUCUCUGUCUCUCUCUCUACUGCUCUCCAUCUGUCUCUCUCCCCCCCACUGCUCUCUACACUUUCUCUGUCUCUCCACUGCUCUCCAUCUGUCUCUCUCUCCCCACUGCUCUCUAUUACUUUCUCUCUGUCUCUCUCCACCUGCUCCAUCUGUCUCUCUCUCUACUGCUCUCUAUUACUUUCUCUCUGUCUCUCUCUCUACUGCUCUCCAUCUGUCUCUCUCUAUACUGCUCUCUAUUACUUUCUCUCUGUCUCUCUCUCUACUGCUCUCCAUCUGUCUCUCUUUCUACUGCUCUCUAUUGCUUUCUAUCUAUCUCUGCCCUCUACUCUCUACUGCUCUCUAUCUGUCUCUCUCUCUACUGCUCUAUUGCUUUCUAUCUGUCUCUCUCUCUCUACUGCUCUCUAUUGCUUUCUAUCUGUCUCUCUCUACUGCUCUCUAUUGCUUUCUAUCUGUCUCUCUCUACUGCUCUCUAUUGCUUUCUAUCUGUCUCUCUCUCUACUGCUCUCUAUUGCUUUCUAUCUGUCUCUCUCUUCCUCCGUGUCGAUUUCUCUUGCCUCAUCAUUUUUUUUUUUUUUGCUCAUCCUCUUGAUAACAUCUAUUCCCUCCGCCACCAUCUCUUAUCUCUUCACCGCCACCGCCAACAACAAGAACAACACCCCACAUUUACUCCUCAUUCUCCCUUGGUUCUUUCUGCCCGAUGGGCACAGAGCUGAAUUUGACAGGGCACGUCAUUAUAAAACCAGAUUCAGACUAGCAGAUAAUGUAGGGAAAAUGUCUUCGCAGGCCAUCCAUGCGCAAAAUCACAUUUCAUCCAACCAGGAGGUGCAGCACCCAUGUCAUGGUUACAGCCAUUUUGGCGUUGUUCUUGUCAUAGAAGCCCCCUAUAGUGGUGAUAGAGGUGAUAUCGUACUUUUGGAGACGUUAAGUACCGAAUCGUUAGACUACAAGAGACCACCCUCACAGAAUCUCAGUUUUAAUCAACAAGAUGAUACCCAAUCAUCAAGAUCUGGCGAUACACCAGUACCAACCAGUCAAUCUAACACUAAUUCUUCACAAAAUGUGGAUAACAGUAGUGAAGUUGAGCCGACUCCAUAUGUACCCACCAAAGACAUUUACUUUCUACUCAUCAACUUCAUUCAUUUGUUUUUAUUCACUUCUGCUAUAGGAUCAUUUUGUAACCUUUUUCUUUCUUGUAACCUUUUUCUUUCUUGUAACCUUUUUCUUUCUUGUAAUCUUUGUGCAUCCUUUUUUCAAAUUUUCUUUCUUUUCUUUCUCUCUCGCUCCUUCUUCUCUCUUGCCUCCUCUUUCCUUUUGUCAUUCCUUUGUUUCGACUCUGAUGUUCUUGUCUUUUAUUCUCAUUACUUUCUUGUAGUUCAUUGA